AUGCUAGCCCUUGAUUUACUACAAGAGUGUCAACAAAAAUGUGUAAUUUGUGGGGAACGGGCUAUUGGCAAAAACUUUAACGCAUACACCUGUCAGCCGUGUAAAGCAUUUUUUCGACGUAAUGCCACCGCAUCUAAGGAUUUGAAAUGCUAUCGCAAAGACAACUGCGAAAUAGACCUGAAAACGAGAAAAUACUGCAAAAAGUGUCGACUCGUGAAGUGCUAUGCGAUGGGAAUGAAAACUGAUGUGAUCGUCAAGAAUGACAUGAAAAAGGAGUUAAAACUUCAGCGAGAAAUAGGUGACAGAAACGGUGGCCACGUGUCCAUCAAACCAGAUCCCGAUGCCGUGAAAUGGAGAAGCGAUUCAGUGGAGAGUUAUAGCACGGGCUCCGACACGAACACCGGUUCCCCAGACAUACCAUACCAUGACUUCGCGUCCCAUCCCCUA